AUGUCACGUACAGCUAAUGCUACUCCACCACCCCAACCUUACUUCCCUCCUAGGAAUGCAACUCCAAGCAUGCGUCACUCCACCGCCAUCGUUCCCUCAUUGCAUAUGCAUCCCUCACGUCAACGUCCCCAUCCUCAACAUGCGCACGGUAAGAAACGAUCUAAACACCUCUCCUCGGCGACCGCCGCUUUCGGUGCGUUGACACCCCGGAAGGCCAAAACGGGUGAUUCUCCUGCUUCUCAAUCCACUUCUGCCCAGAACACACCACUUGCCGAGGCAAAUUCUUCCUCAUCUGCUCUAUCAGCGCGAUCUGUCCAUAGUAUCUCCUCAGCGACAUUCACCACGGACAACACAGAUCAUACAGAUACAGAUAUUGACAUCGACUUUGAUUCUGGUAGAGCGACACCGACACCUUCGUUCGCUACGGCGACCACGCGUCACAGUACGGCAGAAACAGACGCCUCAAGUUCCGUGCUUAUCACACCAGCUUCGUCUCAAAUCUCUUUCCCUUUGGAUCUUAGUAUCAUAUCUGCUACUUCAUCUAUCAGUUCAGAUCAUGCUCCGGCUAUUCCCGUACAAAAACCCUCAUGGGUACCUAAUCUCAGUUUUGGGAAAAUGGCGAGGGCUGUAGUGGACAUAGGCAUGGGAUUUAGCGAGAAACGCAGCAAAAAAGAUAGCAAAGACAAAGAUCAAGGGGCGCAAGUUAGUACGCCUACACCAGUCUCGGCGAGAUUAGGAAGGAGUGGGUCGUCGAGGAAUUCGACUCCUACACCUGUAAAGGCAAAGGAAGAUGAACGUCUGCAGAAAAAGCAGGUGGACGGAAAACAACAGUCGAUUCAGCUACCUUCUCCCAUCACACGAACCACUCAUACGGUUCCCACGGUUCCGGCCGUUGAAACACCUCUGAGGGCAGCUCAGUUCGUUACGCCUGUUGGCGUCAAUCGCGGAGAACAGGCGAUCCAGCCGGACUCUCUAUUGUUCUCCCAGGCGACCCCACAACCUCAGACUGUGGGAAACGAUGCCCGCGCUGGCGUGGCUUUCAUGCAUGCCGAGUGGUUUGAAGCCCAGAGACAGAGAAUGGUGGAAUGUGCCAGACUUUGUUCCCAGUGGCCUCAAUCGGGGUAUAAUCUGUUGAAGUUUGGUCCUGCUGGAUCGAAACAGUUCUACGAACCUCAGUCUUAUGCUAACCCGCAAUAUGUGGCCAGUCUAAUGGAACGACAAGCUCAACUCGAACGUCAGAUCACUGAGACGGAAUCACUUUUCUUUUCUUCCUCUGCAUCUGCCAGAUCGUCGGGUUCUCUUUGCGGUUCACGUUCUUCUUCAGAAUCUGGUGAUUCGUUAUCUGUUCAAGCAACCAGUUCUUCUCAAUCUUCUUCUUUCUGUUGUCAAGCACCUGUAAUUCCAGUGGAUCGCGCAGAGUCCUCAGACGAUAUGGAUCAACGAACGGCUGAGAUCCGAGCUGCCAUGUCGUCCCCUCUCAUGCCGGUCCAUUCGUCAGAUUCACAAGUCUCUUUGAUGGAGACGACAGGUAGUGGCAUUUUCAAACAUGCCGAGCUGGGCUCAGUGGUUUCGGACACCAUGGACAUUGAUACGGAUAUUUCUUCCGUCCCUUCAUCGACUUCUUUUGCUCAUAAUCACAGCUUUGCCUCGUCUUUACUCACCCUCGGAUCCUCCCUUGAGAUGUCCAUUACGAGGUCUUCUCUCGAACCACCAAAAUCUCACUUGAACCAAGAGUCAUCGCAAAAUCAAGAAAAAGACGACGAUGAUAUCUUACGUACUCGUCCUUUCCGAGCUCAAUCAUGUGGGUCAAAACGUCCCUCACCUUCAGCUCCUGAAGAAGAAGAAAAACGUCGAAAAGUGGACGAAGCGAUGGUUGUUGAAGAAGCCGUUUCAACCGGUGUAAUCCAGCCCGUUACACGUAAUGAAUGGUCUGCUUCUGUCCCCGAUUUGACCAAAGCGACUUCUUCCAGUUCUACGGUCUUUUCCAAUCAAGAGAACUCAGUAACAACUUUCGGAAAUUCUCAGAAUCUUUCGUCUAAUCUACAAAUUCCUCCGACUGGUCAAGUUUUCGGUAUGGUAGUGAAAACUUCUGAUACUCAUCCAAUCAUUUUAUCACCUUUCGUACCUUCUAAACUCGUUCCGGUCCUAGCUGCACAUCUCGUUCGACCGUCAGUAGUAUCACAAAAACCGUUAUUGUUGUCGAGCACCAUCGAUGUACCUAGUUUAUUAUUGAGUUUUACACCACCAUCCGUCGCACCUAUGCCGAAUGGUUUAUUGCCUAAUUCGGUAGCAACCGGUUUGGACGUUCAUAUUUCCAGUUUUCCUAGUGUCGUUCCAGAGGUUGGACGAGCCUGUGGUGUGAAUCAGUCUUUAGGUUACCCGACCGUAGGUAGGGGUCAAAGUUUCGGUGUCAACAGCGGAGACAAUUCGAUUGAUGGAGUAUCAAGGAAUUCACUUGGGAAUUUAUUACUUAGCAGUUGUCCCGGUAAAAGAUUAAGAAUGGAUGGACCGGUAAAAGGUCGAGGUCCUGUGUGUAGAGACUUGGAGACGGAUUUGAGAAGAAUAAAAAAUGAAGGUGUUGGAUGUUUGGUUUGUUGUCUUGAUGAUGCGGAACUAGCUUUACUUGGUGUACCAUGGGAUACAUAUCGUUCAGUCGCUACAUCUUUAGGAAUGGAUGUUCUUCGGUUUGUCCAUUUUUCAUCUCUUCCAAUGCCAGAUGGUUUCACACCUGUUUCCUUGGAAUUGUUUGAUACUCAAGUAGGGUUGAUAGUGAAGAAUUAUAGUUUGGAGGGGAUUAAUGUUUUGGCUCAUUGUCGUGGCGGGGUGGGUCGUGCCGGUCUCACAGCCUGUGCAUGGGCGUUAAAAAUGGGUUUCGUCCAACCUCAUCCUUCCCUAACACUUAUCGAACAUGCCGCUUUGUCCACUUCCAACGUCAUCCCUGUAGAAUUGGAACAUCAAAUCGUCAUGUCAAUGGUCGAACGUGUCAUCGCUAUGAUCCGAGCUAGAAGAGGGUUAAAAGCUAUUGAAAGUUUUGAACAAGUACAAUUCUUAGCUGCUUAUGUGCGUUGGUUACGUGCUGCUCAAAGGGAUUGA